UCCACGAGUCAGUCAAGUUUCGCAUGCCAGAGAAAGCAAUAUAUAGUCAACAGCUGUCACUAAACCUGUGGGCCACCUACGCCAUUCUAUUUCGGUCGCCUUCCACUCCGCCUGCUGCCUACCUUCCUUCCUUUCUUCCUUUCUCCACACUGUCAACCCUCCUCAGCCAAGCAACACAUCUCAACUUUCUUUUAGUUGCUUUCACUUUGCAACAAAUAUUUUGUAUUCGUGGUUUCCAUUUAGUUCCAAAACAACCCUUAACGUUUGGGCGGUGAACAUUUGGUGGUAAUUUGUGUACGGGACACUACUUCAAGUGUAUAAGUGCAUAGUCAUACUACCUGCACUUGCAAUAAACUGGAAUUCUAGGGUUUGCUGUUUAAAGUUGGUAUUUGCUUUCACCUAGUCCAAACAGUACCACGUCAGUGCAGUAUCGCGAAAUCUACUUACAGUUAGUUAAGCAUGACAAUGGGGUUCAAACGAAUUUUGUCGUCGUUGACACUGAACUACCUCGUUGCAACGUGGACCUGCAGUCUCAUCUGUUCGGGAGCUUCGACGCAGUUUCAAAAGGCUGAAGAGAAUGUUAAGGCUUUGCUGAAGGGACAGUUUGAUGAAAAGACUAUGGGAGACAUGUUUCACCCGGAGGAAGUGGAAGGGUGGCCGCUAGAAGAAUAUGACUUAGGCCAGAUUUCCGGAGUGGAUGUCGAUAGGUCUGGCAACCCAAUAAUUUUUCACAGGGGCACAGUCAUUUGGGAUGCUGGAUCAUUCAAUGAAACGAACCAUUAUCAAAGGCAAGAAGAAGGUCCUAUUGAGGAAGACACGAUGGUGGUUCUGGAUGGGAAAACUGGUCAAAUGCUUGCAUCUUGGGGUGGAAAUCUAUUUUAUAUGCCUCACGGAAUCACUAUUGAUCACAACAGUAGCAUUUGGGUGACUGAUGUAGCUCUUCAUCAAGUAUUCAAGUUCACGCCAGGUGCAGACAAACCAGAAUUAACCAUUGGGAAAGCAUUCCAACCUGGAACAAGCAACGAGCAUUUUUGCAAGCCAACUGAUGUUGCCGUUUCGAAAUCAGGAGUGUUUUUCGUGGCAGACGGUUAUUGCAAUUCGCGGAUCAUGAAGUACUCGAAGGAUGGGAAAUUCUUGGCCAAGUACGGAGAUGAAGGUUGGAUUUGGAUGGAGGGGAAAGGGUCUGCCCUGGCCAUUCCACACAGCCUGGCUUUGAUUGAGGAUGAAGUGCUCUGCAUUGCUGAUCGAGAACACCGGAGAAUCCUCUGCAUUAAUGCCGGACUUCAAAAUCCACAGCAGUUUGGACAGAUUGUUUCCGUCACGAAUGGUGUUGAUGUUGGCAGAGUUUUCGGGAUCACAUAUGCUAAAGGGAGAUUGUAUGCCGUGAAUGGGGCGGGGUCCUCUCCUGCACAAACACAAGGGUUGACACUGGACUGGAAAACGUCGCAAGUUGUGGACACAUGGACCUCUGGCCGAUCCUUCAUUUCGCCCCAUGACAUUGCCGUCUCUCCCAACGGUGAAGCCAUCUUUAUCAGCGAGAUUGGGCCCAACAGACUCACAAAGUUUGUCGUCACCCCCACAGCACUUUCCUCCCUCUACGACAACAGCGUGUACGAACAGUGAAGUUCAUUUAUAAUUUUCUUAUGUUCCUUUUCCCUUGUAAGUGUUUACGACUUUUCAAAAAUACUCCUCCUUCAUCAGAUUCUGACAUGUAAAUGAAACAUGGCAUACAAAUUCAAAUUAAACCCAGUCACUAUUCGAUUCAAUUGCUGAAAUAAUUACAAUAAUCCAUCCGUACCUGCCCCCAUAUGUUACACGAUCAAUAUAUUUCUUAAUGUUAUCUGUUAUUCAUCCUUAUAUCAACCAAUUUCGUAUCUACUCAUGUAUAUGCAUACAGGUGUAAUGUAUGUAAACGUGUUUAUAAACAAAAUUAUGAGUUUAAAAUUAUUUUAACGAAAUUAGGUUGUAGCGUUUCGAAAAUGUCCGGAUUCAACAUUGAAACUAAUCAAUUCUUAUGUCCACUAAUAUGUUACAAUAAAGAUUUAUGUUUGCAAUUUUAAAUGUUGAAAUGACUACAUAAAUAAAUACCACCACCAACCAA